AUGUCACAUCCAACAUCACAACCACCGGAGGAAAACGUGUCACAGCUAACGCUAUCUCCUGCUUCAGAGCUUUCGGGUUUCGAAUGGUGGAGAAGGACACUACUGUACCAAACUGGCCUUGGGUUCACAGCACAAGACCGUGCACAAUAUGUGUAUGAUUAUCAAAAUCGCAAUCUCGAAGAAAAAUGCCAAUCUUGCAAUGAAAACCUCGAGUGGGUGUUGAAAUACUCACCCUCUGUCAUUUUCAUGAUGAACCAUAUACGAAAACUAAACAAAGACAACGAACCAAUUGACCCCCAGUUUAUCAAAUGUGCUACAUGUGAUUUCACAAAGGGCGGUGGAUUUGACCCUAAUUCGGGAAUUUUAUUGUGCAGUAACUGGAUAAGAUCAAAAUGGCAACUAGAAGACAUCUUGACCCAUGAGCUAGUGCAUGUUUAUGACUACAUGAAAUUCAAUUUGAAUUACAACAACUUGAGACAUCACGCUUGCACGGAGAUACGGGCAUCAAUGUUGAGCGGUGAGUGUAGAAUAUGGGCCGAAAUUAAAAAGACGGGCUUGGGAAAUUUCGGUAAAAAGUUUCAAGACUGUGUUCGAAGAAGAGCAGUAAUAUCGGUUAGUGCCAACCCAGCUUGUCGUAAUACGAAAGAGGCAGAAAGCGUGGUGGAUAUUGUUUGGAGAAGUUGUUUCAACGAUACUAGACCGUUCGAAAGAGUCUAUAGAUGA